CAGGUCAAGGUUUAUCAGCUUUGUUUGUUCUUGUGUCAUUUGUUGUCCCGCCAAUAUGUAUUUCUCUCUACCAUGUGGGUUUUAACAGCUGCUGCAUUCUUGGCUCCUAUACUCGCCUGCAGUGCGUUCCCCGGUCAUAUCGAGUACCAGGGAUGCUUCAGCAAACUUGAUCUUCACCGACGUUCUGGUCGAAUGAUUCAUCCUUUUGAUGCUGACAAAUGCUUCAAAUUGUGUUCAGGCAAUGGACAUCAUUAUACUGGACUUGAUAGUAUGAACUCCAUAUGCUACUGCGGAAAGGAUAUUUUGGGCCAAAUUAGCAAGGUAGAGAGCAGUCUGUGUAAGCCUUGUAAGGACAACACAACCCUCUACUGUGGAGGGGUGCUCAAGAUAUCUGUGUAUGAGAUUGAGAGUAAUGUGAUUACUGAUACCAUCGGCAAGGACCAAGAUAGCAACAAGGUCACCGAGAAUAAGUUUGACGAAGAGCCUUACAUACUCAUUGCCGGAAAAGAGAAUAUAUCUUUAUACAACUCAAACACACAUGAAUUGCAAACUUUAGUGAAGCAUGAACACAAAAUAGAUGCCAUAGACUACCAUCUUGGAAGACAAGAGGGGUUUUUCAUUUCGUACUACGGGCUAUGGAGGUUUCCGCUGUUUAAGAAAGAUGCUGAAGAGGAAGAUGAUGUAAAGUUUGUGGCUCAUCUCACUAGAUGUCCGACUUUCGCUGUAGAUUGGGUCCAUGGUACUAUAUACUGGCCGAACUGCUACUCACAUAUCAUAACCUUUAUUAACUUCAACGACACCGGUGAUAACUACAAUGAAGAACUCCUGGUUAAGCCCCCUGAAGGUGCUUGGGCUUACGCCAUGGCAGUGGAUCCAUAUAAAGGUUUGUUGUUCUGGAGUUCAGGCGCUACUCUCUGGUCGUGUCGCCUGGACGGACGUGGUCUUACCAAGGUCAUCCCAUCGUUCGGAGUCAACCGAGUGUCCUCCAUGUCUCUCGACCUCGCUACGGAGAGAAUAUACUUCACAGGUUUGGAUAAACACGACAAGAACACGUCCAAGGUGUACUACACAAGCUAUAGUGGAACGAUCUCACAUCCUCUGCAGUUCCAGGACUACGAGGAAGGAAGCAGAAUUCUCAGUUUCGGAAUUUUCAAUCACCACAUUUAUUUUGUUAAGACUAUCGAUGGCAACUCGACGAUGCUGAUGGCGUCAAAACUGGAAUACAACCAUAUGCCAACGAUUAUCCUGCAAGACGAAGACAUUCAGGUUAUAAAACUAGUCCAUGGCAGCCUUCAGGGUCCUGGAAAGAUAGAUGAAUGCACCUACCAUAAUUGUUCGCACAUGUGCAUCGUAGAGACCUCACUGCCACGUUGUUACUGUCCGCAUUACUUCCAACUCGAGAAUGACAACAAAACAUGCGUUUUAAGUCCUGGGGAAGCUGAGGAGGAGCCACUAGUAGUGAGGGUGGCACUGGGACUGAUGAAAGUGCUGAUAGUGCUGCUGGGGGCUGGUGUGCUGAUGUGUCUUUGUGAUAAGCUGUGGUCUCAGCUGCACCCUAAUGUUGUGAGGAUCAACGUUCAACGCACCCUAAGACACGGAAGACCAGAUGGAGAAAACCUUAUAUAACCAACAACAGAUUGUGGACGAUUUGACUUACUGGGUAGUUCUAACAAUUAAAGCUUUACUUGUAAAUGUUA